AUGGAGUUCUUCCACAAAGCCAAGGCUGUCAGACUCAAAAGCCACUUGAACAAAUACCUAGUAGCAGAUGAUGAUCAAGUCUCCACCAGGCAAAGUCGAAGCGCGGCCACCCGAAAAGGGCGGUGGACGGUUGAGCUUGUCGAAUCCAACAGCCAUGUUAUCCGCCUCAAGAGCUGCUACGGCAGGUACCUUACGGCCUCGAAGGAGCCGUUUUUUUGGGGCACAAGUGGAUGCAAAGUCAUGCAGACUGAGCAAGAAAACAUGAAGGAUUUUUCCAUUGAGUGGCAACCUAUAAGGGAUGGAUUUCAAGUAAAGUUAAAGAGUUUAGGGGGUACUUUUUUACUUGCUAAUGGAGGAACGCCACCUUGGAGAAAUUCAAUCGCACAUGAUAAUCCUAAUACUGGUCCAACCAAGGAUUGGAUUUUGUGGGAUGUAGAGGCUGUAGAAAUCCCAGAAAAUGAAUUCUUGACUGAUUAUUUGUCGAUGGUUUCCAGUUUUUCGUCUGUUUCCGAUGAACUUUCCGGCUUGGAUAUGUGGUCGCCGCCGCCGGAGUCGCCGGUGUCUGUGCACUCCGGUUAUUCACCCUUCUUUAAGAGGUUAUCUAUGACAAAGAAAUCUUUCAAUUUAAUCACAAGAACACCAGCAAUGGAUCUGUUCCAGAACUCCAAGGCAGUUCGACUGAGAAGCGUCCACGACAAGUACUUGAUAGCUGAAGAAGACGAAGAAUCCGUAACCCAAGGACGAAACGGAUCAUCCAAGAACGCAAAAUGGACAGUAGAGUUUGUCGAAAAUUCCGACAACAUAAUCCGUCUGAAAAGUUGUUACAACAAGUAUUUAACAGCAUCAAACCAGCCGUUUCUGCUGGGAAUGACUGGCCUGAAAGUUCUGCAAACGCUGCCGGCCCGGCUCGAUUCGUCGAUCGAGUGGGAGCCCAUCAGAGAAGGCAAUUCAGUGAAGCUGAAAACGAGGUACGGCCAAUUCUUGCGGGCAAAUGGGGGACUGCCGCCGUGGCGGAACUCGGUUACACAUGAUAUUCCUCACCGGACCGCCACCCAGGAUUGGAUUUUGUGGGAUGCACAUGUGGUUGAGAUAUUGGUGGCACCGCCGCCUCGUUUGGUUGUUCACUCGGAUUCUUCUGCUUCGGAUUCUAGUUCGCCUUCUACUCAUUCCUCAAUGUCUGCUAGCUUUUCUGGACCAGAGUUAAAUGAUUUUGGGGUAAGUUCACCACCAAAGGGUAGCGAUGGCAGGACGAUUUACUUUCAUAUAGCGAAUGAAUAUGGAGAGAUCGAUGAGGGGUUUGAGGAGCUCGGUAUCACAUUUAAGGGAAAUGGAGUUCAAGAAUUGACAAAGAGACUGGAGGAGGAGUUGGGAAUGAAUGGUAUUAUUGUGUGUACACGAAGCCCUUUGAAUGGAAAGCUUUAUCCUCUUCGUUUGCAGCUUCCUCCAAAUAAUUCAACCAUGCAUGUCGUCGUUGUUCCUUCCACAUCACAAGAAGCUCAAGAUUUGGGAAGAACGGGAACACCAUAG